UGAUAUUAUAUUGGAGGCAGAGAAUAGAAUAGAACUGGGCCACAUCUUGGGAGGAACUCCAAGAGAAACUUCUACAAAUCUUGGUUAAAAUAGAGGGAAAGAGAAGAUAUCUUGUGCUAUUUUCAGAAUCUACAGAUUAGAUUUGUAGCAAAGGAUCACCACUUUCUUUUCCCUCUUGCUCUGUACUGAUGGCACAUGGGCGGCACGCCAAGUGCCGUCUUUUUGUUCUUAUUUGGCUGGUAGCUGUCAGGGAAUUCAGUGUUCAGAUAGUUUUUUCCUCGAAAAGUUCCGGUUCGGCUUUGUUUUUCGAGUACCCAAGAAGGGAAAGAUCAUAAUGGAGUUUAAGAAGCAAGGCAGUUCGUCUUCCUCGUUCACGGCUGACAUCUUUGGAGCCAAGGAUUUGCCUCCGUCGUCAUCUUCAACCGGAGUGUUCGCGUCUAUUUUCCCUCCACCUCAGUCGGUACAAGGGAGGAAGUCAAGCUCUGAGGUCAUGGGAUAUAGACAGAAGCAGCACCAUGAAAAUCAAGUGUGGAACAGCAAACAGGGUAAUCCAGUGAGUCCUGAGCGUGCGAGUUGCAACACAACCAACAGGGAUGGUUCGAUCUUCCGAGAAGAAAGAGGAGAACCGUGCCAUCUGAGUUCGUCAAUACAUUAUGGUGGGCGAGAUGUCUAUUCCCAGCCUCCUGGUGCCCAAACCUCUGCCUCCUACCCAAUAUUAAAGAAAGAUGGAGGAGAAGAUGACCAGAAUGGAACUAAUUCUGUCAGUGGUGCCUCUAGAGGAAACUGGUGGCAAGGUUCGCUUUAUUACUAGGAUCUUGCCUUCUCAAGGCAUGAUAAUUCUAGGACUUAUUUUUAAGGACUUUGGAAGCCUGGGCAGUAAAUAAGUUGCAGCAUCUGUAUAGCUAGUUUAUCUGUAACAAGAAUCAGAAGCAUUUUGUUAUGUUCCCUUUUGUAAAUAGUAGAUGACCUGAAGUCUUGCCUCCAUGUAAGCCUUUUCAAGGCAUUUGUUAGGCUUACGAGAAUGUUUUGAUAACCCCACUCACUGCCUGAUGCAGUUAUUUGCUCUUCUGAGAAUGUGAGGCUUUUUAUAUAACAGCUCAUUGUCUACAAUCUAUGUAGUUAUAUUGCUUUGCUUGUAACUCUCUCUCUUAUCGGUCGGCCAGCGGGGCCAUCUUAGAUAUUCCAAUCCCAGAAUCUCUUUCAAGUGCCCUAGAAGGAUUCUUUUGUUCUUUCAUGGAAUAAAAGUGGUGCAGAAAUAGUCUGAUU